AUGACCACGAACCCGAACCACGUUCUAAUGACCCGUAACCGGGGCACCCACAACCCAUCCGCGUCCCUAUCCUCGCCCACCGAGACGCACGCCGCAGCGGCCGGCAUAUUCCGCUCUACUGGCUCUCCGCCCUGGUAUCUCGAGACGGGCAGCGACGAUGCUAUAUCAGAAUUAUCUACCGACGAAGGAUGCGAGCCUAUUGAAGUUGAUCCUGCGUUUACGUUGCGCUCUGAGUUGCCGGGCACUGUCAAGGUCGUUGUGGAGGCUACGACGUUCUGGGUGCAUAAGGAGAUAUUGUGGUUCGCGAGCCCGUUCUUCCAGGCUGCGUUAUCGGGAGACUGGGCGGAGACGAAUGCGAGCGGGGGGCAUAGGCCGACGAGCAUGAACAGCGUUAUUACGAUCUCGCAGCCGCCGAGUGUACCCGGGCAGGAUCAUGGGAUUGGGGAGACGGAGAUACAGUUUGCGAGGCCGGACGAGUUGAGCUCGGAUGAAUAUUUCGACGCGGAUACUACGACGGACGAUGGAGGGGAGAGUGCGAGCGAGAGUGUGAAGGAGGGGCCUGCGUCGAGUGUUACGCUUCGAGUGGACGAAGCGGACGAUAAGGAGGGCGAGAGGGGGAAGGAGGCGGCUAGGUUGGAGAGUCUGGAUAAGCUCGAGGGUGGUGGGGAUGAUAAGGAUAAGGGGAAGGAGCCGGCGUAUAAGGCGAAGAAGAAGGAUACGGUUAAGCUUAGUUGGAAGAAGGGCACGACUGGUGCGGCUGUGCGCAGGCUUCGCAAGAGCCAGGUGCCCUCGGCUGUUAUCGUGCUCAGAGAAGAGAAGGCUAGUACCUUCCACGACUUCCUACGCUUCGUAUAUCCCGGAACGGAAUGCACCAUCACAUGGAACAACGUUGAAGGGCUCAUGAACAUCGGCCAUAAACUCGUCGUGCCCUCCCUUACGCGCAUAUGCCUCAACUUCUUGUUGACUCAUGCAGCCGGGCGUCCCAUCAAAGCGAUGCGCAUUGCGGAGUUGUUUGAAGAGGAGGAGCUGUACCGCGAAGGGUCGAGGUUCGUUUUGGACAAUCCUGGUGGAUGGCCAGAACAGGAGAUGAGCACGUUAAGCCCGGAGACGCUAUUGAAGCUUGAGAAACGGCGAACAUGGUUCCUCGAGCGCGUACUAAAGCUCGGGCUGGUUCAGAUCGCGAAGGAGUACGAAUGCUGCUCUUCAUGCCCCGAUCAGUCCAGUUGCGCCCGGCUGGUCGAGGAGAAAUGGCGACAAGCCUACCAAGCCGUUUUCCGCUUUGGGCCAUGUCAACCCAGCAUGGUCUUCCGCUACCUCCGCUCACUCGAGGGUGUCUCCCCUCCAUUGGCCCUCACGCACCUAUCCUGCCAAAUGACGGCCAAAGCCUUUGUCGCAACGCUCUUCGAUCGCAUGUUCUCACUAGGAGUGAGAGGUAGCGGUACGGACACCGCACCGCUUGGCGCACGCGUCGCGGCGGUGGCGGGUGUGGCGAGCGCAACGCUGCCGAGGAGACAUUUCCUGUAUUGCUCGCUCAAGCCGGAGCAGCCGGCGCCCGCGAGGAAUAGGCAAAGGGAUACGAUCAGCGUGCCGAGGAGGGACAUCACUUGA